AUGGUUGCUGUGAUAACUGAAGCAUCCAAAGAUUUAAUUAUUUCUCAAUUAUCUGAACAUCUACGUCAAAUUGAAAAAAGAUUAACAUAUAUAGAAAGUAAUGAAAAUGUUAAUGAAAAUGCUUUUUUUAUGUGUUCUAUGGCACUUAUAAUUUUUUUAAUGCAAUGUGGAUUUGCUUUUUUAGAAGCUGGUGCUGUUAGAAGUAAAAAUACAACUAAUAUUUUAAUUAAAAAUUUACUUGAUUCAUGUCUUGCUGUUAUUGGUUAUUAUUGUAUUGGAUGGGCAUUUGCAUAUGGUCCUGGUACACCAGGAUCUACAUGGAAUUUAUUUAUUGGUUAUUCACAAUUUUUUUUAGCUGGUGUUGAUAAUUAUUCAAGAUUUUUCUUUCAAUAUGUUUUUGCUGCUACUUCAGCAACAAUUGUUUCUGGUGCUGUUGCUGAAAGAUGUGAAUUUGCUACUUAUAUUACAUAUUGUACAGUUAUAUCAUCUUUUGUUUAUCCUAUUUUAACACAUUGGGGUUGGGCAGAUGGUGGUUGGAUGAAAAAUGGAAUUAAUACUGAAACUAUUCAUACAACAUAUAUAGAUAAUGCAGGUUCAGGUGUUGUACAUUUAUGUGGUGGUGCUAUAUCAUUUUUAGCUGCUUAUAUGAUGGGUCCAAGACAUGGACGUUUUGCUACAGAAGAUGAAGAAGAAAGUAUUGAAAUAAAAGGUCAUUCAGUACCAUUUGCAGCUUUAGGAGGAUUUAUUCUUAUGUUUGGAUUUUUAGCAUUUAAUGGUGGUUCUGUUGCUGAAAUUGUAAGACCUGGUGAUGGACCAAUUGUUGCUUUAGCUAUGACAAAUACUAUAUUAUCUGGUGCUUUUGCUGCUAUGAUAUUUCUUGUUAUUCAUUAUAUUUGGAAUGGCAAAUGGACACUUCUUCUUACAAUUAAUGCAUGUCUUGCUGGUAUGGUUGCUGCAUGUGCUGGUUGUAAUAGAAUGAUGCCAUGGGGUAGUGCAUUUGUUGGUGUAGGUGCUGGAUUAAUAUAUUUAGGUUUAAGUAAAUUAAUGAUUAAAUUAAAAAUUGAUGAUCCACUUGAUGCAUUUGCUGUACAUGCAGGUGGUGGUUUUUGGGGUUUAAUUGCUGUAUGUAUUAUUGCUCCAGAUGGUAUUGCUUAUUCAAUUGUUAAUGUUAUUAAUGGUACUAAAGAUAAAUAUUCUAUUGGUCAAGCAUUUGCUCAACUUGGAUGGAAUAUAAUUUGUGCUAUUGCUAUUAUUACAUGGUCUAUUGGAAUUAUGGGACCAGUAUUUUCAUUUUUAAAAAUUAUUAAAAAAUUUCGUGUAUCAUAUGAAGUUGAAACUAAAGGAUUAGAUAUUUAUAAACAUGGUGAAGCAGCAUAUCCAUUACAUGCAUAUGGACAUGGAUGGGAUGAAUUUGAAAAUAUAAAAGCAAAUGAAGAUAAUAAAAAAAAUUAUUCAAAUCAUACUAGAAAAAUGUCAGUACAUCAAGAAAUUUCAAUGGAAGAACUUGCUGAAGCAUAUCAAAGAAGAAGUAGUGUAGCAUUUGAUCUUGGUGAUAAUACAAAAAGAAAAUAUAGUUUAUAUACUAAUCCAAAACAAUUUGAACAUCCAGAACAUCAUCAUAAAGCAAAACAGAAAAAACAUUUUACAAGAAAUAAAAUUAAACCAAUUAUUACAAAUACAAUAAAUGAAACAUUAGAAGAAGAAAGUUCUAGUGAAAGUACUACUAAUACAAUUAAAUCAUUUGAUGAUCAUUAUACAAAUUCUCCAGAGAUAAAUAGCGGGUGGAAAGAAUAA